UGAUAUGUGAAGAAAGAAGAAGAAGCACGGCGCAGCACAGCCAAACGACAAAAUGGCGGAAUCUAUUAGUGGGACGGAACUAACCGUAAAGCUAAUGUAAACGUUCCACAUUACAGCCGCCUGGAGCAGGAGCGACGUUGUGUGACAACUUUGCCCAUCCUGCGGGUGACACUCCUCCUGUGAAGGAUGAUGGCCCAACGCCCUGAACGGCGUCGGAUCCAUCUGGACCAGUCCGAGCUGCUUUGUACAAAAGGAUGUGGUUUUUAUGGCAACACAGCUUGGCAGGGCUUGUGCUCCAAGUGCUGGCGAGAGGAAAACCAGCGAGAAAAACAAAAACAAAUCCAGGACGACUGGGCUCUAGCUGAGAGGCUGCAGAGAGAGGAAGAGGAAGCCUAUGCAACCAGACAUCAGCGGGCGCAGUCACAGCCCACUGUCGCACCUUUCAGCAAGUUUGAGGAACGAAAGACCAAGGAAAAGUCAAGCAAGGUCAACACUGUCGCCAAGUUUUUCACUCCCUCCAUCAAAACACCACCAAAGAAAGAUGCUGCCACCCCUUUGGACGCUCAGUCCAGCCCAAGCUCCAGCUCCACAGCAAGCCGGCCAUCCCCCGCAGACACCGACCACGCAACAAGGGAGUUCAUCGAUUUCCUCAAGCCUCUGAAAUAUGGCCGACAAAUUUUCAAACAGUGUCACGCUUUUACUGAGAGCAUGGCCUACAAGCGAGACACAUGUGCUGAUGACAUGUCUGAAUGCGUCCAGGACUUCUACCAGUCUCUCUCAGAACGCCUUCACACUCAGUUCAAAGGCUCCUCAGACUACGUAGAGGGCAUAAUGGACGAAGUGGAAAGGUACAUGAUGACACGUCUUUACAAGGAGGUUUUCUGUCCUGAAACGUCAGAUGAUGAGAAGAAAGACCUGGCCAUUCAGAAGAGGAUUAGAGCCUUGCAUUGGGUCACCAUCGAGAUGCUGGGUGUUCCCGUUGAUGAGGAGAUCCCCGAGGCUUCCGACAGCGUGGUUAAAGCCAUCACAGAUGUGAUCGAAAUUGAUUCCAAGCGGGUACCCAAAGACAAGCUGGCAUGCAUUACACGCAGCAGCAAACACAUCUUCAACGCCAUCCGCAUCAGCAAAAAGGAGGCGGCGUCGGCGGACGACUUCCUGCCCACGCUCAUCUACAUCGUGCUGAAGGCGAAUCCCCCACGGCUUCAGUCCAACAUCCAGUACAUCACUCGCUUCUGCAACCCCAGCAGGCUCAUGACCGGAGAGGAUGGCUACUACUUUACCAAUCUGUGUUGCGCCGUUGCCUUCAUAGAGAAGCUGGACGGCAAGUCGCUCAACAUGACCUCGGAGGAGUUUGACCGGUACAUGUCUGGGGGCCAGGCGUCGCCCAACCACCCACUGGCGGGCGGUGCCACGCUCAGCCAGGUCCACAAGCGUCUUGACCUGCUCACGGGCCUGGGUCAGCGACAGGAGCUCGUCAUGGAGCGAGCGCGCCAGCUGGAGAGCGACCUCAUCGACUGGACGGACGAAGUGGAGCAGAAGGUGCAGAGCGUCCUGGAAUCUUUCGAGACGCAGAACCCUCCAGUCGUUGCCGGCGCCGCCACGAGUGUGGCAAAAGGCGCGGCAGCGGCGCCGGCCUCCUCAGCCAUCGAUUCUGAUAACGUUGAGAACGAGCACCUGCCACCGCCACUAACGCCGCAAGUGUUUGCUGGUUGAUACGAGCGAAACUAUGCCACUCAUCCAUCCAUCCAGCCAGUCAUCCAAAUUAGAAGGUCUGAAUCUCCUUCUGAUAUUUGACAGGAAUAACCAAUCAUGAUUGGGUCAUACUUAUUAUUAUUCCCUCUGUGGUCAAGACAGAGUAAAAUAAAAGGUGAGGAUAUGCCUUACAGAAAGUUAGGGAUUUACAGCUUUUAGGUGAAAUUUCAGGAUGAACCUAAAAUGAACUAUAACCUCUAUCGGUGAACUUUUAAGACUUGAAUGUCCAAAUGUUCAAUGUUUCAGUACUUUUUGCAUAACUUACUGUUCUUUCAUAAGAUACUGUUGAUAAAUGUUUAGGUGUCGUCCUGGUGUCAUGAUGUCAGAAUGCGAAUAGCGUGAUGAAGAGGCCUAUUUAAAUUACCAAUUCUAAUUGAACGAGGAAAUAUAUUGGUUUCCGUCACAGAAAGGCAUUGAAGUGGAUGUCUUUUAUCCUUUUUUUAUUCAUUGGUCAAUUAAUGGGUCAAACACUUGUUGUGAAUUUUGCCAUUCCUCUUCUGUUAGAGAGCAAGGUUUGAAAAAGAAAUACUGGAACAGGGGACAGUUGGACAUGUGCAUUUAAAAGUUUAGACAAAGGCCAAAUUAAGUUGUAAAGUUUAAAGUGCAUUUUAGGUUAUCCUGAAAUUUCACCCAAACCCUAUUAUGCCUCUAACUUUUUGCGGGUAGUGUAUUUUACAAUAGGUCAAAACUGUCACUGUAGUAUUGGGAAUGCCAAAACGUGAACAGCAUGUAAAAUUGGGCUUGUGGCAGAAAUCUCCCAUGAUGCAUCCCGCAAUCGCUCUCUGCUGCCACAUACAGCCGACGUGCGUCAUUCUAGUUGUUAGCGCAGUGGAACCUCAAACGUCGACCGUGUUUGCGUCCAUUACACUCAAGUCAACCUCCAAUUUGGUUGACUCUGAAAACAAUAUUUCCCAGAUUUUAAAUAUGAAAGUAACACGUAAUUAAGCACUAGCUUUUGUUGUGAAAAAUGUCAUCUAGCGCAUGAAGCUAACGCAGCAGUCAAUUCUUUCAAACUGGUGGAUUCCGAUGCACGACUCAGUCACAGGAGGUCUAAAUUAAAGUCCUUAGUUUGUAAAACAUCAGUGUGUACCGGUUGAGGAAUGGAAAUGGAAAGGAAAGCAGGAUAAUCAAACCGCUAACACUUGUUAAAAAUCUAUUUCUACUUUUAUACUUCAUUGAACACGCUCAUCUACAUCGUGCUGAAGGCGAAUCCCCCACGGCUUCAGUCCAACAUCCAGUACAUCACUCGCUUCUGCAACCCCAGCAGGGGUUAAGUGCAUUACAUGCACUUAGAGGAUAAUACGGAAACAUUCCGUUUAGGUGUAGGUUUUUGACUUUUUGAGGUUCCACUGGGCUAGUUUUUAAAAGACAUUGUUUCUGUCAAUUCAAUUCUGAGAACGCAGUCAUUUGGGCACAUGUGCGUUUGCAUGGAUUUUUUUUACAUUCAGGUCAAGCAAUCCUCAUAAGGCCUCCCCCACUGUUCAUGGACUGAGGUGCUUUUAUUUUCCUAUGAAGUGAUUGACGUGUGUCGCACUAGAGGAGAUGCUAGUGGUAACCCAGUGAUAUUUCCAUCUUAAUUGCAAUAGAACCCUUCUACAAAGGAUUCUAUUUCUCCUUGAACAACCACAUCGAAUAUCUAUAAUCUAUUAGUGCGGCAGAAUUUUUAUUUUAGUUUUAUUUUGAAGCACUUAUGAUUUUAAAGAUGGUAUUCUGAACGAUAGUCACUGCAUUUUUAGGUAUGCCGUGUAGUGGCACCAACCAUUUGGACAUUGUGUGUGUAAUAUUCCGAUUUUAAUCAUUUUCUUAUUACUGCUUUGCAGCCAUAUAUGGUGUGUUUUUUUUUUCUGGUUUUGAGACCAGACUUUUAAACUGACUAGCUCGAGUACGUUUUUAAAGCACUCUAUAAGCUAUCGGUGGGGUUACUCACAUUGGCCUGAAUUGGGAAAAAAAAAAAAAAUUCCUUUACAAAGAUAAUUCACUCUUUUCAUGGACACUCAUAUUCGUCACUAUUGUGAUUGGUAAUUUUCCGUCGAGUAUUAUAUUUUUGUAAAGGAGUUUUUUAUUUAUUUAUUAUUAUUAUUUCUGUGG